AUGUAUAUUGAUGCAGGAGAUCACGAAUGUUUUGACUCAUAUUUUUGUGCAGAGUGCAUUCGUAGGUUUUUUCAGGAACAACCUUCGCGUUGGACAAGUGGUAAUUCAGAAAUCGAUAAAAUAAUUAGAAAAUCUCAGGAGAGUUUAUUUGCUAUAAAGGAACCCCUUGAGUGGAUACCAUUUGAACAAUUUCAUAACGUAAAAAAAAUAGACGAAGGUGCAUUCAGUACAGUGUAUUCUGCAAAUUGGAGAGACGGACCGUUGUUUAGGAAAGAUUUACCGAAAAAAGUUUUCUUAAAAAUAAUAACCGCUUCUUUUAUUCUCCUCUAUCUCUUAUACACGGGAUACUUUUUUUCAACUAUAUGGCUAUUUUGCGUUUGCUACUUAUGGUUAAAAAAAACAGAAAAACGACAUAGAACUUUUCAUCGGGAGGGCAUGAUAAAAGUUAUAUUGAAAAAGCUUAAAAGGUCUCAAGAUAUUUCGGUAGAAUUUAUUAAUGAGUUAAGAGUUUACCAUAAACUUUACUGCAAAGAUAUGAGAUUAAGGGUUGUCCGUCUAUUUGGAAUAUCCAAGAAUCCUACUGAUGGAGAAUUUAUUAUGGUUUUGGAAUAUUGUGAGCACGGAAACAUGCGACAAUAUUUAGAAUCAAAUUCUAAUUGUCAAAAUUUAAGGUUCAUUCAUAAUAAUUUGCACAGUGGCAAUUUAUUAUUUACUAAAUUUUCAUUCUCAAGUGUACCGAUAAUGAAAAUCGCGGAUAAAUAA